AUGAACCCGCCUCCUUCUCUUUCAGUUCAUAAAAAAGAUAUCCAAUUCCUCGCGCAGGAAACUACAACUUUGAUUGUAAAAAAUUUACCAAAUUUACCAGAAUCUGAUUUGCUCGAAUUCCUGAAACACUUUGGGCCACAAGAUAUUCGUCUUGGAAGAACUCAACAUUUGAAAAACUCGGCUUUUUUGGAUUUUCCAGAUCGGGCACUAGCUUCGACUGCAUAUUCUAGAUUUCAAGAAUUAGAGGAUAUUGGAGGCAAAAAGAUUCGUGUAGAAUAUGCAUCACCUAGCAAGGAGGCCUUAAAAAAGAAAGCUAGCGGCGAUGCAGCAAAUAGUUCUAGUGAUAUUAGGCAAAACGAUGUAGCGGUACCUCAAUUACCACCGCCGCCACCUGUUCCACCAAUACCUGGAUCUCAUGCAGAACCUAUUGCUCCUUCACUUGGAUUUAAUUAUCCACCUGCCCCAACACUUCAUUAUCGUUAUCCACCACCAACAGUUGAAAUCCUUUAUAACAUUAUGAACGCAAUAGCUGCAGUACCAAAAUUGUAUACACAAGUAUUACAUUUAAUGAAUAAAAUGAAUUUACCACCACCAUUUAAACCAGUGGUUCCCGAAUCUGUACCGCCUCUACUCCAACAACAUUUGUCUGAUUUGCAAAAUGCUGAUGAUAGUAGUAAGAAACGUAAAAAGAGAGACGAAUUAUUGUCAGAUGAUGAGUCAGAAAUUGAUAGCGAGGAUGAAGAACAGAAAGACAUGAGACUAAAAAAGAAGACUAAGUCGACAGCCAAUGUAUUUAAUACAAUUCAAUUAGUACCAUCGAUUACCACUACCGAUAAUCCAUAUGCAAAUCCGUUAUCCACUGGGACACCAAUUAUCCCUAUAACUUCUGCCACAACUUCAUCGCGACAUCUUACAUAUUCUUAUGGUGAUAAGUCUUCACAAGUACUACCACCAUUAAACAGAUCCUCUGCCUCAACUACGUCCACAAGUUAUGGAAUGGAUUUAGAUUCAACAUCACCGGCUGCGGAUUCGACAUUUAACUUAGAAACUAGUCAACUGCAAGCACAUAACUGUAUCUCAAUUGAAGAUAUUAAUGCCAACAAAAUGCCAAUUGAAGAAUUACAAAAGAUACCAGCCAUGAAAAAUUAUUCGUCCGGAAAUCCCACAAAUACUCUCUAUAUAAAAAAUUUAUCUCAGAGAAAAAUUGAUGAUAAAGAUUUGGAAUAUCUUUUUGGUAGAUAUUUUCAAUCACGAUCAGAAAUGGAAAGUCAACUGGAGAUUCAAUUGUUGAAAGGACGAAUGAGAGGGCAGGCAUUCAUAAAGCUCCCUAGUCUAGAAAUAGCAACACAAGCUCUAAAUGAAUUGCACGGUUACAUACUACAUAAUAAACCCAUGAUCAUACAAUUUAGUAAAGGGUCUACGGAAGCAAAUAAAUGA